CAACAACAACUACAGUGAUGUCACAGAAAAGCACUUCUCUCGCUAUAUUCGUUCUGGUGGUGGAGUGAAGCACUUCUCGUCGCACCGAGAGUGGUAGUGGGAUUGGUUAGAAUCCGGGAUGAUGAUGAGGGGAUGGGAUUCCAGGGGGAGGAGGAGACGCUAAUUCGGUGAACGGAGGAGGCUCUUCUGUCGAAGAAGAAGGAGCAGUAGAAGAAGAAGAAGAAGAAGAAGAAGAAGAAGAGAGCUAUUUUUGCUUGCAUGACAGGGCAUCAUUUACUUUGAAUGAUUGAUGAAACCUACUGCUCACUUCCUCCCUCUCUCCCUCUAUCAUCGUCAUCCUCCUCCUCCAUUGGGGCUGUCUGUCUGUCUCCUUUCAUUUUGGGUACUACUAUUACGACUACUGUUGAUCGUUCACCAUCCAAUCCAGUGUGAGUCUCACAAGUCGACUGCGAACCCUGUGCUGUCAAUCCCCCACGUCUUCUUGUCGUGAUUUUGAUGACUCGUGGGGAGCUCGGGAUUCUUGACCUCUUCUUUUCGGUGUUAGGUUAAGUUUCGCGAUUCCCUGCUUGUCGAACUCGAAAAGAUUUUUGAAGAGUGCUUUUUUUUUGCCACGAAGACGAAGAAGGAGAAAGAGAAGGAGAUGUAGUUCGGUUUUGAUCUUGAGCAGAUUUCGCCAAUCGCUUUAGGUUGUUCUCUCGCUUCGGUAAGGAAGUUUGUGCAUCGGGAGAGAUUUCCAAACAACUGGUUAUCGGCUUUCUGUUGCUGGAGACGUCAGAUCUGUAGGCUUUAGGGGUUUAGUUCGUGGAGUGGAGUUGGGAUGGUGCCGAGAAUUGAGCGUCCAGUGCGUGAUCCGCGCAAUAUUGCCGUAUUGGUGGGUGUUGGAAGGUUGGAAGUCGGAGUGUAGAGCUCGUGUGUUUUCUGGUGUGGCUUAGUUCGGGUAUGCGAGGAAUCUGAAGCUUCUGGACUCUUGGAUUUUAACCUUUGCUUGUCCUAAUCUCAAAAAGUCUGCGUGUGUGUAACGUGGUUGCUUCGACCGACGCAAAGAAUAUUGAUAAUCUGGAUGCGAUACUGGAUCAAAUUCCUGGCUGCGAAUAGGCAGUCAAAGAUUCGGGAGCAACAGUAGCUUUCUGUGACAUCGCUAUGCAUACGCACAAUGGUUUCAAGUAAGAUCUAAAAAUGUGAUAGCAAGCUAGAUCAGGAAGCGAAAAAGGGAGCGGGUGCCGACAUUAACUUCUCCUCAGCGGAGGAGUCAAUUUUUAAGAGAUCCAGGCACUAGGGUUUGAAGUAGAACAGGCACAUGACAGAGCAGUUUUGUAAAAAUUCCUGCGUGAACGUCAAGAGAGCAUUAGUGUGAGUUGCAGAGUGCACAAAUUGUUCAAAAGCAGGGAUUAGUCCAAGAAUGCUGCGGCAGUGAUACACAUGUUUGGGAUACAAUGCCAAUGCCAUCUUCGCGGUUCGCACCCGCUCCGUCAACCUCUCAGAGGAUUCUCUUUGUGUUGACAUCGCUUACUGUGUGUCUAGCUCUAUUUGCUUUUGGACUUCAAUGGAGAGGUGGGGAUCUUGUGGAUUCGGCUCGGCUUGGGGACAACUCUCUGCUGCCUGGUCUUCAAAAAGAGCAUUUGAACUCACCUUUGAAUGGGCACCUUGGUUCUAACCCUGAUUGCACUCGAAUCCUGCCGCCUCACAUUGGAAUGUUUCCACAUUAUAUUGGGUGGCAAUACGCAAUUCAGAACAAACAUUCUUCCAAGAUUGCCAUCACUUCAAGCACGUCGGCUGGACUAGAGCAGAUUCUGCCGUGGCUAUAUUACCACCGGACUAUCGGUGUGACCCAUUUCUUCCUUUUUGUUGAGGGAAAGGCAGCAUCCCUAAAUUCAACAUCCGUUUUGGAACUAAUUCCUGGGGUGAAGAUUAUUCAUCGUACCAGCGAGCUGGAGGAGAACCAGGCCAAAAGUCGGAUAUGGAAAGAGACAUGGCUGUCGGGGUUUUUUUACAAGCCAUGCAACUAUGAGCUUUUUGUCAAACAGUCUUUGAACAUGGAGAUGGCAAUUGUCUUUGCAAGGGAGGUUGGAAUUGAUUGGAUAAUCCAUCUUGAUACUGAUGAAUUACUGUAUCCAGCUGGAGCUCCUGAAUACUCUUUACAGCGCUUGCUUAAUGAUGUCGCUCCUGACGUCGAUAUGGUGGUAUUCCCUAAUUAUGAGACUGCAAUUGAGCGCGAAGAUAUUGAAGAGCCCUUCAGUGAGGUAACCAUGUUCAAGAAAAAUUAUGAUCAUGUACCCAAAGAGACAUACUUUGGGCUAUAUCGAGAAGCUACUCGGGGCAACCCCAACUACUUUUUGACCUACGGUAAUGGUAAAGCUGCUGCCCGCAUGCAAGACAAUCUGCGACCCAAUGGUGCCCACAGGUGGCACAACUACGCAAAAACGCCAAAUGAGAUCAAGCUUGAGGAGGCAGCAGUUUUGCAUUACACAUACACAAAAUUUUCAGAUCUGACAUCACGACGUGAUCGAUGUCACUGUAAGCCUACUAAGGAGGAUGUGAAGCGAUGCUUCAUGCUUGACUUUGACCGAGCGGCUUUCAUUAUUGCUUCCACAGCGUCACAGGAGGAAAUGAAACGCUGGUAUAGGAAGCACGUCGUAUGGACUGAUAAGGAUCUCAACAUGAAACUGAUGCGAAAAGGACUCUUGACACGACUCUAUGUCCCUGCGGCGAUUGUCCAAGGCUUGCAAGAGGCAGGAGUGUUUAGCAACGCCGUGCAGGCAGGGCAAGCCAACCUGGAAAAGACCCUACAACGUGAAAAGAUUCAAAGCUCAUCAAAUGGGACAAUAAAAACUUCAAAGCCAUUAUCCGCGCUGGAGAAAUCCUUACAACAAGACAAGAAUAUCUUCAACAUCCCAGUUACUUCAAACCAGGGUGCUGCAGGUGGGCGAGCAGCGGCCAUGCCUCCAAGAUCACCUCCAUCCACUGACCUCAUUCAGUAGCUUCCAUUGGCCUCGGAUUUGUUUAGCAACAAAGAUUUGUAUUGUCUUUCGGCUGCUCCAAAGCAUUCAUAGGUACAACUUCUGAUGGCUACUAUUGUUUGGACCUACUCUGUGAUUUGCUUCUCACUGUCAAAUUGUUUGGAAUACAAUGUCCAGCCAAAGCUCAGAUACCUUUUAUGUGAGAUCUAUUGGAGAGGGAAUUCCAAGAUGCUUCACAGCGUCAUGUACAAUACAGAGCUCCACAUUCCAUUUUCUUUUUCCUUUUCUA